AUUUUAAACUAACGUUGAGUGGCGCGCAUAAAACUUGAACUUUUUAAGAUAUCUACAUGCGCAUUGGAUUCAGUACUAAGGUUAGACAAUUUUGUUGCGUGUUAUUGUCGGUGCUUUUAAAAUUAUCAAAAACAAAGUCACGUUUAAGAGUCUCGAGUUGUAAUAUUUCGAGCAAUAAUCCAAAAUGCCAGGCACACCGAUAAAAGAUGCAAAUGAUGCCAUAGAAAAAUUACGAACAACGGAACGCCCUCCGAUAACAAACCGUGAGCAUACUGUGCGGGAAAUUACACAAACCGAUAGACUGAACAAAAAAUUAUUAGUAUCACUUUUGGAACGAAUGAAUAAAUCAAACGGAGAGUUCGAUAAAUUUAUGGAAGAAGGAAAUACUAGUUGUGAUUCUCAAAAUGACAACGAGUUUUAAAUAAGAUAUAAAAUGUUAUAAAACUUAACCUAUCUACUGUUUACGGUCAGGAACACCGUUACAGUUAUACAAUUGCUAACGCACAAAUACUGCCGAAAGGAAAGAAGCUAGGUUUAAGAAAUUGUAUUCAUACACUUAUAUUCUCAAUAGUCUUUGAAAAAUUUUACUGUUCAAUAAAUAAUUACCGUUUUGCAUAUAUCAAA